ACGAGUUGAAUAUUAAUUUAAAUAAAUACACUAUUUGUAAAAAUUAAAAAAAAAAUGUCCGCUCUAGAUUUACCUAUCCCGCUAACGGACAUAGAAUCAGUUUUAGCGUGGGUAGACACCUACAAGUUAUCCAGACCCACAAGGAAAAUUAAUAGAGAUUUUUCUGACGCUGUUCUUCUAGCAGAAAUCUUUAGCGUACACUAUCCGAAGCUGGUUGAAAUGCACAAUUACCCGCCAAGAAAUCGUCACUCGCUGAAACUGAAUAACUGGAUGACGUUAAAUAGAAAGGUGCUCAAGAAACUGAAGCUGAAUCUGUGCACCAACACGAUGGCACAGCUGGCUAAUUGUGCACCAGGGCUGAUUGAGCGGGUGCUUGUUAUGGUUCGGGACAAAAUCCAAAGAGAUCAAGAUAUCAAUAAAAGCUUAAAAGAAGCUGAACAAAACUUAUCCAGCGGUGGCAGUUACUACGAAGCCUGUGGAGACGAUGAACACAUAUUAGUCGUUCCCAUUAAAACCAGAGUCAAUGGUGUACUAGAAACUAUUCAAAAAAAAGUUGUUAUUCACGAUUCUUAUCUUGCAAUCAAAGAGGAACUAAAAGAUGCUAAAGAUUGCUCAGAUGUCCUGAGGCAGAAGGUUGAACAUUUGGAUAGUUUGCUUAAACUAAAAGAAGAGAGGAUAGAAGAGUUACAAAAACAAUUAGAAAGGAAACAAACGAGACGUAAAGAAGUUGAAGCUCUUCAGAACAGUCUGUCAGUUCCUUUCGAACCAGAACCACCUUCUCCUAAAUUAAUUGAGAUUGUGAACGUACCAAGUAGACCAUUAUCGGUCAAAUCGUAUGAAUCCGAAGGAAGAUUAGUCAAAGAAGAAUCCAGAAUUCCAAUACCUGUAUCAGAUCAAGCCAAAUCGAAGCCAAGUAUAACUGAAGUCACGUCAAAAGACUUCUCCGAGGAUCAAUGCGUUAAUGUUGAAAAAAUUAAAUCGGAUGUUUUUAAAGAAAUUGAAAUAACAGAUAUGAAAAGUUCUGAAGGUUUUCAGAGUACUCAAGAUACUCCGAAUGAAGUGAAAGCAUUCAUAAAUGUAGAAGAUGAUAUACAAAACGUAGUGAAAUAAAUAUGUGAUAUAUAUUGUGAGAAUUUCUGCAAAAAAAUUUAGAUUAAAAGAGCGCAAAUAUUUUCUAGAUUUUACAGUCUGUUAAAUUUAGGAUAAAAAGAUCUCUGUUUUUCAAUAUUUUGUAAUUUAGCUAUUAUUUAUUUAAUUUAGAAAUAAAAAUAUACAAA